CUCUUUUUCUUCCCAGUUCCCUCGAAAUAAAUUUGACCUAAUCCUUAAACCUAGCAAAACUGGGGCACAAUUCUCGAACUGAAAUUGAAUUGUAGCUGUAAGUAAGUAACGAAGAAAGAAUGCCGUUGAAGGUGUUAGACGCCACCAUAGCAACUUUUAAUGGCGUCUUUGAGAAGUUCAGAGCAGAGGCGCCCCAAAACAAAGCAAAUUUCAUCCUAUUCUUGGCUGAUAUAGACCCUUCUACCAACCUUAGUUGGUGCCCUGAUUGUGUAAGAGCUGAACCUGUGAUAUACAAGAAGCUUGAAGAAUCAGCAGAGGAUAUAGCACUGCUGAGGGCUUAUGUUGGAGAUAGGCCUACUUGGAGGACUCCACAGCACCCAUGGCGAGUUGACCCCAGGUUCAACCUCAAAGGGGUUCCAACCUUAAUCCGGUGGGAAAAUGAUGCAACCAAAGGUCGUCUUGAAGACAGUGAAGCCCACCUUGCCCACAAAAUCGAUUCCCUUCUGAAUGGGAAUUAAGUGAAGGCUUAUAUUAUGGCGGGACUGUGUCUUAAUAAUAUUUGAGCAGCAUGGCAUACUUUAGAUUGAUCUGCAGUGGAAUAAAUGUCUGCCAAUAUGAUGGUUUCAGUAUUUUGCGGAAUGUCCCACUUUUCUUUUCUCAUCUCAUAAUUUACUCCAAGAAUAAUAGUAAUUCGUAGAAGAA